AUAUAUCACCUCGUGCUCCGGCAACCGCAGACCAUUAACCAAGAGGAUGGAGAGGCGUGUCCGUAUGAGAUGGUGGAUGUCGGCGUUGGUCUCCUUCAUCUUAGCACCGUCCGGAUUGAUCGCUGCUUUUCCAGCUAAUGGAGACCUCACGUCGUCUUUCGAUCCGGCGCAAGCAGAUGUUGACAUAGUGGACGCUGGUCCCGCGACUGCUGCAGCUCUAGCGGAUGUCGUAACACAGUGCCUACCGCGGCUGUCUCUGGACUGUGCACAGUGGCGGAUGGCGGGCCUCAUCCGGUACCUGGACGCCAUGCCACAAUUCCCACUGCUGGAAGGGCUCGUGUACGUCGUACGUGUGGGCACCGACGCCACACAGCCGCGGCCGGCGUCUGUGUCAAGGGACGCUGACAGUGACGGCGGCGGCGGCGACGGAUCCCGACACCUGGAGGCAGCAGUUGCGGACUUCUUCGAACGACACGUACUGCGCCUCCAGCUGCCCAUGUGGUUUGGAGACACAGUCAGACCGAAGACAGUCGACUUCGCUCUGAAGCCCGAAACAGAUGCAGGAUCUGCACGGAAGAAAAAAGGAAAGGGUGAUAAAAAGGGAAUGAAGAAGAUGAUGAUGAUGAUUUGCAUGAUGAUGAUGGGAAAGAUGAUGAUGGUUAUGCCGAUGGUGCUGACAAUAAUCAAGUUGAAAGCGAUUAAGGCGUUGCUAAUAGGCUCGCUUGCGCUCCUGAUCAGCAAAAUACAGCUCGUCAAGAAACUGCUGGGGUCCAAAGUCGGUGGUGGCGGGGGCGGCGGCAGCGACAAGCACGUCAUCGUGCUGCACGCUGACUCCCACGGUGGCGGUGGUCAUGGUGGAGGUGGUCCGUCUGGAGGCGGUGGCGACUGGAGCAGCGGGGGUGGAGGCGGAGGCGGCGGGGGCUGGAUGAGCAGUGGUGGCGGAGGGGGCGGUGACUGGAGCAGUCGCGGCGCCGAUUUCCGUUCCAUCGAUGACGCACACGAGCUGGCGUACCGAGGGCAGGUCGUGUCUUCCGGCUGGUCAGCUAGCCAGCCUGUCACCCGUAGGUAGUCGGUCGCCGCACCUGCUUGCGGCCGUAUGCUGCCGAAUCCGCUCCUGUUCUGUUUCCCACGUCCGCAUUAUACUUGACUACGAACAGCUACCCAUGAUGACGUAACGCUUCCCACAGUACUAUGCAAAAACGACGUUCACGAUAAAGAUUUACAGCGGGUCACCAUAAGUCCCAUCUUGACUUCCGGUAAACUUUACCACUGUCUAGCCACAGAUAUCAAUUGCUGUUCUUUCUAGUCCGCUGCUAGCUAUGACACAGUAACGAUUUUAUUUGAUUACUAUUUUCAUGUAAAUCCGACUUUCAGGCUCAUCGUUAGUCCAGAAAUAUCAGCCUUAAUAUAUGUCCCUUAUUGAAAAUCGCUUCAGAUAUUUUUACCGUAAAAUUAUUACUUACUGAAUUUUGAGUAAGAAAUAAGACCAGUGAAUAUCAACUGAAGAUCGUUACUCAAGUGAUGCUCUCUAGUUCCACCGCAAAAAGAUCGUUAUUGGACACUCUUCUCAAGAGCAGUAUGAUCAUUUCGUAACAUAAGGAUGCAGCUCUUCCAAAAGAGAAUGACUUCAUCUGCAAUACAGUUUUAUUACGUACUUAUUGAUUUCCUGCCUACAUUGCACACCCUGUUACAUAUGAUCGUAAACUACUGUUAUUUUCAACAUAUUUGAGAACAGUUGAAAGCAAGCUAUAUACAUUUUAUUUAUAUAUUAAUUUAUUAAAUUUUUAAUUUAUUAUUUAUUUAUUUAUUUUAAAUUUUAAGAUGUAACGAAUA